GCCCACUUAAGCGCCUCACCGUUCCACUCUUUCUACCGACCCGUCUGCUCCCAAUCCAACAAUUCGCGACCCCUCUGCAUACUACGCUCCGCUCCAACCACCACAAUGCCCUUCCGCUCGCGCCUCCGCCGCGCCUUCACCCGCGGCUCCCAUGACGAGUCUGCGAAGCCGGAAAAUCUUAAAAAGGGCGACCCCAAUGUCUACCAGCCCGGCGAGAAGAUGCCGCCGUUAAAGUACAGACGGCCCGUAAACCCCGAACACAAGGCGAAGCUCGAGGCAUUCAGCUUCUCGAAUGCGUGGCGGCGGCGGAGCGAUCAGAGCCUCUAUUCGCCCAUGGGCAGCCGCAUGCCCAGCCGGAAGAGCAGUUAUAUCUCGUUUCGGAGAAGCAGGAGUAUCUCCAGGAAAAGCAUGUCGAGGGGCGAUGACGGAAGUGGGGUCGAUAGUGGCAUUGGAGCGAGUGUUGCGGGCGAUGACCGACAUGACAUAAGGGAGGGUAGCGACGAGGAGGGUGAUAUCACGAAUGUCGGUCUCUCCCGUCACCCUACGCAAGAUCCCCGCCGCAAGUCCUCAUCCAUUCGCGGCCGCCGCUCGCAGUCCAUAAGAUCCGGCUCACGCCCCGCGACAUCAUCAGAACGCCCCUUCUCUCCUGAAGACCUCGAGCUCGCGCUUAAGAAAUCAAAUCUAGAAGCUACAAAGGAGGAGUCAGACCGCAGCGGAGACGGAAGCCCUCACGAUCCAACAACCGGGCUGCGACCGCGUGAAGGCGCCGUCGCAUCCGCCUCGCUCUCAUGAUAACUCGCUACGGAUAUGGGAUGUAUAUAAACCAAGACAAGGAAGGGAUUGCAUGGACAUAGAAGGACGGAGGAUCUACUCUGUAUAUUGUCAUUGCAUUGGGUGGGCUUUUCUAUAUAGAUGCAUCGUAGAUGGUGUUUCGGGAACUCGUUCCAUGGGCAUUGGGGCUGGCUGUUUGACAUAGACAUCUGGUCACACGAUGGUUAUGAGUUCGAAAUGAGAGCAUGUAACUUCUUCCCCCGUAGACGCCCUCUUUUGAGCCAAGCUGUCACGUUGCGAAGGUGGAAAGAACGACAAGAACUUACCCUCGAAACCCGCCGCUCC